CUGGAAAGAAUUCUGUUUUACAGAAGAAAAGAGUGGUGCUUCAAAGAGUGAAGUUGAUCUAGUCUCAUAUUUGACACACAACGUCCCACUCCACGCUCUGCUGAACAUCCAGCAGCAGGACCCCAAGCAUUCUAGGCGAGCACCUGAAAGCUUUUAAAUACUGAUACCUUGGUUGCUUCAGUGUUCACUUAAACCCCAAAUUACAGAAGUAAAAACUUGGGAAUUUAGGUUACAUUGGUCCUGCCUCUGGAGAAAGGUAAACCCGGCUUUCAACAGUAUGCCCAUCAUAUCCCCUCUGAAUGCAUCCUCUCCUCCGCCCCACAUGGGCCACUAUCAAGCAAGGCCCGGUGCAACAGGACGGAAAUAUUCCAUGGGAAGGUACCGCUCCAGGCUGAGGUCUCUGUCACUCGUCUCCCAGCAGACCAUUCAUCCACAGACGCUUUGAGAAAGUUUGGCUCUCCAGGUUUCCGUAGGCCCCGCCCCUAGCAACGUUUGGGUUUGUGUUAACAACUGGACCGCUCACGGGCGUCCUGGUCGCGGGUGGGCGGCUGCAGCAUGAUGUCCGCUGCGUCGCGGGGGCCCGGGCCACGCACGGACCCUCGGGACCUUUCGCGGCCCUAGUGGCUCUCAGGCCGCCCUCGGCGUUGCGAAGCGGGGUUCCUGGGCUCUGCGGCAGCGGGCACACUAAGACCCCGGGUCGCAACCCUCAGCCAUGUCCUCAGCGGAGGCCGUGGCCACCACCGACGCCCCCGAGCCGGCCUGCAGGAACAAAUCCAUCAGUCCCCGACCAAUCCCGGUGAUCGGGGUGGUGAGCCCGGAUGAAGAGAUACAGGGUAUUUUCAAGCCUAUGGACCUUAAUCGCAUCAUCACACUGCUUGAAGAGAAUGAUAAGGAUGAUUUAGAAGAAAAACAACUUAAAUAUGUCAAGAAACUGGUACAGUGUUAUCAGAAUGGACUUCCCCUAAGAGAUUUGGCACAGAUAUUUAAAAUUCUGAAUUUGUGUGCAGAAAAAAUUGAAAAACAACCCCGCUUUACAGAAUCUGCAUUUGGCAUCCUAAAAUUAUGUGGCUUGCCAUUUUUGAAAAAGAAAUUAUCAGAUGAAACAACUUAUGCUGAAGACACUGCUAAUUCAAUUGCACUUCUAGGUGAAUUAAUGAAAAUACCAAAUUCUGAAUUAAGGAUACAAAUCUGUAAGUGUAUUGUUGACUUCUAUCAUGCAGAACCACCAAAAAAGCAUAUUCCAGGUUACCAGCAAGCUAGUUCAUCCUACAAGAUUAAAAUGGCUGAGGUUGGAGAAUUGGCUAAAACAAUGGUCCAGUCAGUGAUCUUGCUCGAAAAUCAACUUGUUGAGAAGCUUUGGGUACUUAAAGUACUACAACAUCUUUCAACUUCUGAAGUUAAUUGUACUAUAAUGGUGAAGGCCCAAGCAGCCAGUAGAAUCUGUGCUCACCUCAAUGACCCAGAUCCCUCAGGACAGCUUUUAUUUCGUUCAUCAGAAAUACUUUGGAAUUUAUUGGAAAAAUCUUCAAAAGAGGAAAUAAUACAACAGCUUAGUAAUUUGGAAUGCCUUCUGGCUUUGAAGGAAGUAUUUAAAAAUCUCUUUAUGAGGGGCUAUAGUCAUUACGAUCGUCAGCUUAGAAAUGAUAUAUUAGUGAUCACCACAAUUAUAGCUCAGAACCCUGCAGCGCCAAUGAUUGAAUGUGGCUUUACCAGGGAUUUGAUACUGUUUGCAACUUUUAAUGAAGUUAAAAGUCAAAAUCCUAUGGUAAAAGGCCUUAAGCUUUCUAAUUCCUAUGAAGAUUUUGAAUUGAAGAAAUUACUAUUCAAUAUAAUUGUGAUCUUAUGUAAAGAUUUAACUACUGUACAGAUCUUACACUCUUUCUUCACACCCCAUGAGGCUGCACAUGGCGGCGCACAGCCCCAGCACUUGGGAGGCAGAGACAGGCGGAUCUCUCUCUUAAUUGAUGGCAAAGUUAUUUUGGCUUUGUUUACCUAUGUUAAAAAACCUGAGAAACUCAAAAUAAUUGAGUGGUCUGCGGCACAGUAUGAAGAACUCCAGCUUCAUGCGAUUGCCACCUUGUCCUCGGUGGCUCCUCUGUUAAUAGAAGAGUAUAUGUCCUGUCAGGGCAAUGCUCGAGUUCUCGCCUUCCUGGAAUGGUGUGAGCAUGAAGAUUCCUUCUUUAGUCAUGGUAACAGUUUUCAUGGUACUGGAGGCCGUGGGAACAAAUUUGCCCAAAUGCGUUAUACUUUAAGACUCCUGAGAGCCAUGGUCUAUCUUGAAGAUGAGACUGUGAACAUGGAUCUUUGUGAAAAGGGAAUUAUUCAGCAACUGAUAGGAAUCUUUAAGAAUAUGAUAAGCAAACCUGAUGAAAAGGUAGAGGCCAUUGCUUUAGAAAUCCAGUCUGAUAUAUUACUUAUCUUAUCAGGUCUUUGUGAACAUCAUAGUCAAAGGAAGGAAAUUUUUGGUACUAAAGGAGUAGAUAUAGUUCUUCAAGUAAUGAAAACAGACCCCAAGAAGUUACAGAGUGGCUUGGGCUAUAAUGUCCUUCUUUUCAGCACAUUAGACAGCAUUUGGUGCUGUAUUUUGGGAUGUUAUUCGUCAGAGGAUUACUUUCUUGAAAAGGAAGGCAUUUUUCUCCUUUUGGAUGUGUUGUCACUGAACCAAAAAAAAUUCUGUAAUCUGAUACUUGGAAUAAUGGUUGAAUUUUGUGAUAACCCCAAAACAUCAGCUCAUGUCAAUGCGUGGAGAGGGAAAAAAGACCAGACAGCUGCUAGUCUUUUAAUUAAAUUGUGGAGAAAGGAAGAAAAAGAACUAGGAGUAAAGCGUGAUAAAUAUGGGAAGAUCAUUGAUACAAAGAAGCCUCUAUUUACCAGUUUUCAAGAAGAACAAAAAAUCAUGCCCCUUCCUGCUAACUGCCCAUCUAUUGCAGUUAUGGAUGUUGCUGAGAAUAUCAGAGCAAAAAUUUAUGCUGUGCUGGGCAAGCUAGAUUUUGAAAAUUUACCUGGUUUAUCUGCUGAAGAUUUCAUCACCCUCUGUAUCAUACAUAGAUACCUUGAUUUUAAAAUUGGAGAAAUUUGGAAUGAAGUAUGUGAAGAAAUAAAAUUGGAAAAGUUAAGACUAGUCACUUCAGAUAAAAAAUCUUUGGAAUCAAUUACAGCAGCAUCAGAGAAUAUUGGAAAGAUGGUUGCUUCCCUUCAAACCGAGAUGAUUGAAAGCCAAGCACGCCAAGAUGUACAAAAGGAACAAAAAGUAUAUGCCAAAAUACAAGCCACACACAAGCAAAGAAAACUGGCCAACAAAUCAUGGGAAGAUUUCUUAGCUAGAACAUCAAAUGCUAAAACAUUAAAGAAAGCAAAAAGAUUCCAGGAAAAGGCUAUAGAAUCUUCUAAAUACACGGAGCGACCACAAAAUGCAAUAUUACACCGAACAGUUAUUAAAGGUCUUAACACAACGGUGUCCUCUGGUCGGGUGGUGACAGUGGAAAGUACUCCUGCCCGAUUAUUGGGAGGACCUCUGGCUGACACAGACAUUGCUCUUAAAACACUGCCUAUUUGCGGAGGAGCCUUGCAGCGGGUGAAAGCAAUUAAAACUCUGAAUGAACCAAAGAAGAGUAUUCCUACCUAACAUGCUCCAGGGCCUUUUUGAAAUAAAUUCCAUUCAUAGUUUUUUA